UAUCUUAUAGCCACUUUCUCACAUCGCCUUUAAAUCGGACAAAAGACGAAAUGAAGCAUGAUAUGAACUAAAGCUACCUGUCUCAAGGAAUACACGUACUCUACAAGUGUCAUCUUCUGGUAGAACCAACCUGGAAUCCGUCAAUCAGUGGAAAAUGAGAGUCAAUGUAAGCACAUUGAAUGGAUCCCUGCAUGUCCCCAAAGAUCUGACACUGGAUCGUCCGCCCUGGGUAGCGACUGCCCUGGCUGUCAUACUCAUCUUUACCAUCGUCAUUGAUAUUUUGGGGAAUCUUCUCGUUAUACUCUCUGUUUUCAGAAACAGAAAGCUCAGGAACGCAGGAAACUUAUUUGUCGUAAGUCUCGCCAUUGCAGAUUUGGUGGUGGCCAUCUAUCCAUAUCCCUUGGUGCUGACAUCAAUAUUUCACAAAGGAUGGAAUUUAGGGUACCUCCACUGCCAGAUUAGUGGAUUUCUGAUGGGGAUAAGCGUCAUCGGAUCAAUAUUUAACAUUGCUGGAGUUGCAAUCAAUCGCUACUGUUACAUAUGUCACAGCCUCAAAUACGACAAGUUGUACAGUGACAAAAAUUCCUUAUUUUAUGUGAUACUAAUCUGGGUGCUAACCUUCAUUGCCAUUUUGCCAAACCUCUUUGUUGGAUCAUUACAGUAUGAUGCCAGGAUAUACUCAUGUACAUUUUCACAAUCUGUAAGCUCAGCCUACACCAUAGCGGUGGUGUUUUUCCAUUUUAUACUACCAAUAACUAUAGUAACUUUUUGCUAUUUACGUAUAUGGAUUUUGGUAAUUCAGGUGAGACGUAGAGUAAAACCAGAUAACAAACCUAAAUUGAAACCUCAUGAUUUCAGGAACUUUGUCACAAUGUUUGUAGUUUUUGUAUUGUUUGCAGUCUGUUGGGCACCUUUGAACUUCAUAGGUCUUGCUGUUGCUGUUAAUCCAGACACAAUCUUACCUAGAAUUCCAGAAUGGUUGUUUGUUGGCAGUUAUUACAUGGCAUAUUUCAACAGUUGCCUUAAUGCUAUUAUUUAUGGACUCUUGAACCAAAAUUUCAGGAGAGAGUACAAGAGGAUAAUUAUUUCUCUUUGUACAGCAAAGUUGUUCUUUCAAGAAAGUUCUAACGAUGGGGCAGAGAAGAAUAAGAGCAAGCCCUCACCAAUGCUGACAAAUAACAAUCAGGUAAAGGUGGAUUCGGUUUAAAAAUAGCUGAGAUUUCAGAAAUUCCAGAAUACCAGUCUAAGUAGAAAAUAUGUAUGUGCGUACAGAUAUGUUCACACACACAUUAGUAUAUACAGUAUUUAAUGUAAAUAUAAUGUGUGUCUAUAUACAUACACGACAGCAAACCCCAUUAUUGUACCCAAUGACAUACUAAAGGACUCAAAAUGCCACCAUAUGUGCUGAAUCAUCUCCUGAAUUGGAGAGUCCUCAGCACUAAUCAAUAAGACAAAUUAACUUGUUUAAUGUAUUUCAUUAAAUGUAUAAUAAUUUAAAAUGACAGAUUCUAAGUAUAUACAAAAUCUCCAACCAAUCAGGUGACAGAAGCCUGUCAGUCA